AUGCGUUCCCGACCCUCAGACCCUCGGCUCGCCUGCGCGUUCGUCCCUUACAAUGUAAGAGAUCCGAACCGAACAGAGUACAACGUCGAGCACGACGUGGCCGCUCCUUCACAGACGUCCCUGCUCGUUAACAGCGCUUCGAGCACGGGCUCGGACGACGGCCCUGUCACGGGUUCCCGCUGUCGCCUGUCUCUGCUCGCAGUCUUCCGCCAUGCCGUCAGAGACAGGCCACUCGUUGCAGGCCACAGGCCACAUGCGCCCGGCUACAGGCCACCUGCGGCAGGCCACCGCUCACCCGCCAUGGCCGGUGCAUCUUGCGCGAUCGACGAGAUGAAGGGGCGCGCGACAGAUGUGUCUGGCGCAUACAUACACGAGCGGCAGUACCGCAGUGCAGCAUCUCUGGUCGGCGGCACCGCACAUGCUGCCAUGCGUCUCAAUCCGGAACGCUGGGCCAGCGGACUGCUGAAGGGAGCCUAG